GAAUUUCCUCGCUGUCUCUUCCACUGGAGGUCUUCCGUCUCUUUCCAACAUCAAAUAUUUUCUGGUAAAAGCAACACUUUUGCAGUCAUGAGUGGCCGGAAGUUUUUCGUCGGUGGCAACUGGAAACUGAACGGCGACAAAAAGAGCAUUGAAGAGCUCGCCAACACAUUGAAUAGCGCCAAACUCAACCCAGACACCGAUGUUGUGUGUGGAGCCCCAUCCAUCUACCUCGACUUCGCCAGGUCCAAGCUGAAUCCUAACAUUGAGGUGGCUGCACAGAACUGCUACAAGGUUGCAAAGGGAGCCUUCACCGGAGAGAUCAGCCCAGCGAUGAUUAAGGACUGUGGAGUGAAAUGGGUGAUUCUGGGACACUCUGAGAGACGUCAUGUGUUUGGAGAGAGUGAUGAGUUGAUUGGACAGAAGGUCGCUCAUGCUCUUGAGAGCGGUUUGGGUGUGAUCGCCUGCAUCGGUGAGAAGCUGGACGAGAGGGAGGCCGGAAUCACAGAGAAAGUUGUUUUUGCGCAGACCAAGUUCAUUGCAGAUAAUGUCAAGGAUUGGAGCAAAGUGGUCCUUGCUUAUGAGCCUGUUUGGGCCAUUGGCACUGGAAAAACUGCAUCGCCCCAACAGGCUCAGGAGGUACAUGACAAGCUCAGGCAGUGGAUGAAGGCCAACGUCUCAGAGGCUGUUGCCAGCUCUGUCAGAAUCAUUUAUGGAGGGUCUGUCACCGGAGGGACCUGCAAGGAGCUUGCUUCUCAGAAAGACGUGGAUGGCUUCCUGGUGGGCGGCGCUUCCCUGAAACCAGAGUUUAUCGACAUUAUUAAUGCGAAAGCAUAAAGAGCUGAAACCAUCAUCUAUCUAAACUUUAGGGCUUAGGUCUGCUCCCAAAUCCUGCUCUUCUUUAGAAAGUGUUAUUGUGGUUUUGUUGCUAUUGUUUCACUUUUGUUUUUUGUAUUGUUAUUAUAAAGGGACAGAUUGAUACAAACUUAAAAACUCAAGGGUUUUAUUCCACUGAAAUGCGUGCAACUGAGUGUCUAAACCCUCCUAUUUGUGUAGUGAAGUACAGGACUGUAAUUAGAACCAUCAUGGGGCUUUAGGGCCCACGCCUUUACUUGAAUAAUGUUUACCAACAUUCUUGUGUACACGGUGUCAAAAAUACGAUGAAGUCAAUCAACCUCAGCAUCUUUUUAAUUCAAGUGAAACUACUUUCCAUGAAUGUGGUUGUCCUGAUGUUUUCCUGUCCCUCAAAGAGAGUCUCUGACUGGCCUGUCGCAAAGGUGCUCAUAUGUAAUAACCAACAUUAUUUGGUAUAAAGGAUAAGACAGAAAUAUUCUAAUAAAUGUUUCAGAAACAGUA